GACUGCAGACACAGUACAGGGGAUGACCAGAGACUGCGGACACAGUACAGGGGAUGACCAGAGACCGCGGACACAGAACAGGAGAUGACCAGAGACUGCGGACACAGUACAGGGGAUGACCAGAGACUGCCGACACAGUACAGGGGAUGACCAGAGACUGCGGACACAGUACAGGGGAUGACCAGAGACUGCGGACACAGUACAGGGGAUUACCAGAGACUGCGGACACAGUACAGGGGAUGAGCAGAGACUGCGGACACAGUACAGGAGAUGACCAGAGACUGCGGACACAGUACAGGAGAUGGCCAGAGACUGCGGACACAGUACAGGAGAUGAGCAGAGACUGCGGACACAGUACAGGAGAUGACCAGAGACUGCGGACAUAGUACAGGGGAUGACCAGAGACUGCGGACACAGUACAGGAGAUGACCAGAGACUGCAGACAGCAGUACAGGGGAUGACCAGAGACUGCGGACAGUACAGGGGAUGACCAGAGACUGCAGACAGUACAGGGGAUGACCAAGAG